UGCGAGGUGGAGGUCUACGGUUACCGUGUUCCAACAGGAGAGAACCUGGCACUCCAAGGAAAAGCCUCACAGUCAUCACACAAUCAAACGUACAGUGCUUAUAAUGCCAUUGAUGGAAAUCGUGCCAGCUACUGGGAAAAGGCUUCUUGUACCCACACAAACCACGAAUUGAACCCAUGGUGGCGACUGGACCUGGGCAAAACCCACAACAUAUUUUCUGCUAAGAUAACCAACUACAAAAAUAACUCUUCGUAUAUUAAUGGAGCAGAGAUAAAAAUUGGAGAUUCUCUUGAUAACGAUGGCAACAACAAUCCGAGGUGUGCUGUGAUCUCAAGCGUGCCUGGAGGUUUUACGGAAACAUUCCAGUGUAACGGGAUGGACGGUCGCUACGUCAACAUCGUCAUUCCUGGAAGAACCGGGUACCUGUCACUCGGUGAGGUGGAGGUGUACGGCUCCAGGCUGGAUUAGGUCUGAAUAGGUUAAACGUGUAUCAAUGACCUUUGAUACAGCUGAUGCUCUUGUACAGACUUGUGUUGCUAGCUGCAGAUGGAUGGGAGUUUGAGCUUUGUAAACCUGAGGCACUCCAAAACAAAAAGUAAUGUGACUUGCCAAUCAACAUGAACAAACAGGAUAAUGUCUUUCCAUUCUGCUUUUUUAUCAAUCAAGCAAUCAAGUCAGACCUUAAUGGGGACAUUAUAAUCAUGUAACAAUGAAUUAAGAUCAACCAGUUACACUGAGUCAUGUCAGUAAUCAGUGUGGAAAAUUAAAAACGUUUUAAAUGCUUUUAUAUUUGAUGUGUGUUUAAUAUGUAUCUAGCCAAAUAUUAGGAACAAGAAAGGGUUAAUGUU